AUGGGCGCUGCUGUCCCCGCCGGAGCCCGGCUCUUCCUCGCCCUGACGCUCUGCCUCGCGGCCGGGGCCGCGGAGCCCGACGGGCGGCCAGCAGGAAGAAAAGUUCUCCCACCUCCAUCCAACCUGCAUUAUUCAUUUGGCCAGCUCUGUAAACUGAAAUGGACUUGGAAUCCUGCAGAGGGCAUUAGCAGUGACUGUGAUCUAAAAUACUGCAGUGAAAUUUUGAUUAAUGGCAUCCCACAAGAUAACCGAGAAUGGACUAAGAAACUUUUUCGUGAGGAAGAUGUAUCCUUGAAUGAGGAGGUUCAUUUCAGAGUGAGAAGUGAAUGCAAAUCUGAUAAUACAAGUGAACCAAGCAACUGGGUGGAGAUUUUUACUCCACCAAAAGGUGCUGCCGGCACUGCUGCUGUUGGCAUAAAUUGCACUUGGUACGACUUAGAGUACAUGAUCUGUACGUGGCUCCCUGGACGGAACGCAAGUGCUAGUGCCAACUACACUCUGUACUACUGGUAUGAGGGCCUGGGAAAUCACCAGCAGUGCCAGAAUUAUAUCUAUGGAGAUAACUUUGGAUGUAAUUUCAGUCUUUCAAUCCCAAAUUCCACAAAUGGGUAUCCAACUAUCAGUAUUUUGAUCAGCGACAACUCGGAUGAAAUUAGGCCUGUCUGUGCAAACAAAAAUCCAACAACAAUUGUAAAACCCGGACCUCCAAGGAUUGUAGCAGUAUCAAUGAUCAAAGAUGAAAUACAUUUAGAAUGGCAAAAGCCAGGCACCUUUCCAGCACAUUGCUUACUUUACCAAGUAGAACUUAAAGACAGCAAAUCGGACUCCAUUCCGCCACGUGAUGUUAAAGAGCUCACUAAAGCUCAGUUUUCCAGUGUUCAUCCUAACACUGUGUACAUCGUCAAAGUGAGAGCAAGGCUUGAAACAACAUGUUACAGCAGCAGUCACUGGAGUGACUGGAGUGAGGAGAAGAGCAUUGGUAAAAACACAGACUUCACAUUCUAUAUUGUUUUAAUACUCACUAUUCCAUUAACAGUAGCAGUAGCUACUAUAAUUCUACUAGUGUACCUGAAAAGGCUCAAGAUACUAAUUUAUCCACAAAUUCCUGACCCUAGAAAAAUUAUUAAACGCAUGUUUGGAGAGCAAAUUGAGGAUUUCCAGGGCGGUCCGGGGGAUGACUUUUUGAACGUCAAUAAGCCAGCUAUGGAAGAGGAAAUCUCCUCUUUAGUUUGGAUAGAGAAUCCAGAGAGCUCCACCCCUGAACAUGAGGGCCGAGAAAGACCUGCUUUACAAGUGAAAGCCUUGUGAGGAAGACUUCCUUGUUGCUCUUUGUUUACCUCAGAGGAUUUCUGAAUAUUGACAGUGACUGGUCUGCAAGGCAGACACCCACAUUCCAUUCAGCAAACCCCUGCUGAAAACUCACCUCUCUGGUGACACUCGCAAGAUAAAAUGUUGACCGUUGCCACCUUCCAUCUCUGCUAAAAAUGCUAUCCAGAGC